CCUGAGCAGAUGUGAUCCUGUCACCUGAAGUGGCAUCCAGGGAAGCAGUCGAGCUGUCCACUCCUGGUCUUCACUGCUCUCACUAUGAAGCUUUUAGCCCUUUGGAAAUGUGUGCUUAUGAAGCUGAUAGUGGUAAACUGCCAGGAAAUGGAGGGACGGAUUGUGGGAGGCUACACACCGGCGCCCCAGUCAAUCAAGUACAUCGUGUCAAUACAGACCACCAAGAGCCAGCACUUCUGCGGGGGCACCCUCAUAAACAAAUACUGGGUUUUGUCAGCGGCGCACUGUAACAUUGGGGCAAGCAAGAUGAUGGUAGUUGCAGGAGACUACUCCCUCGGCAAGUACGAAGGAACCGAGCAGUUCAUCAUCCCACAUCUCCUGAUCCCCCACCCACAGUACAAUGCAUACACCAAAAAUGCCGACAUCAUGCUCAUAAAGCUGAAGGCCCCGGUGUACCUCAACAGCUUCGUGAGCAUCGCCCCCCUGCCGCGCCAGGACGCCCUGAUAGCAGAGGGGAAGCUGUGCCAGGUGUCGGGCUGGGGCUUCACCAGCUCCAGCGGGGGUCAGAUCCCGUCCACGCUGCAAACGGUCAAGCUCCCCAUCAUUUCCAGGGAGCGCUGCAACGGCAGCCAGUCGUUCGACGGAAACAUCACCAGCAACAUGAUCUGCGCUGGCUUCAGCGCUGGAGGCAAGGACGCCUGCGAGGGGGAUUCUGGAGGGCCACUGGUCUGUGAGGGGCGUGUCUAUGGCGUGGUCUCCUGGGGCAACGGUUGCGCGGAUGCCAGGUAUCCCGGAGUCUACACCGCCGUGGCCAAGUUUCGCAAGUGGGUGGACCGGACCAUCUUCAGCUUCUACAGCAGGUGUGACUAGUAUUAGACCGCAGUGUUACUCUCUGUGAUGUGCAUCUGCGAGCUGGAAGCUCGGAAACCUACCGUGGAACUUAACACACGUUAGCUCACUGUAAUAAAGCUUUCCGUCCUACUAUUGUGUUUGGCCUUUGAAUUGACGUGUGUUAGGUUACAUGCUUGAAUAUUUAAAAUGUUCAAUGGGUAAUAUGUCCAAGGUAUAGGUUUAUUUAAUUUUUUUUUGUUCCCAUUCUCAUGUUCCCAAUUGUCGUUGUUUUUAUUCAAUAUGUUGACAUCUUUAUUGUAAAGGUUCCUAUAAGACUGAACAGAGUUGCCAUAUACUAGCAGGAAACAGAAAGGACUGUAAUUGCCACAGCAGAUGCCAAGCAAUCAUGUAAAACAUGGUUUCUGGAAGGAGGAGACUGGUCGACAGACCACUUUGUAGCAAAAAAAUGUAAAUGGGAAAGAUAACCAGGUGCACCUUUUUAAGCUUGCAAAUUGAGUGAAUGCAUUCAAAUACUGUUAGAUACUGUUGUAACAUGAUUAAACAGACAAUGUGUAUGUGUUGUUUCAG